AUGGGUGUCUCAUUUAACUUGCACAAAUUUGACCCUAAGCACUCCAAGGAGAUCCAACUCCAAGGAGACGCAACCAUUACCGAUCACCAUAUCAUUCGACUCACCAAACUCGAUGACGAUGGCAACCCACUGGGAAACAGAGUUGGCCGAGCCUUAUUCUCCGACCCUGUGCACCUCUACGACCACAGUGGCUUCCAAGCAGGAUUUGAAACCACCUUCGUCUUUCGCAUCUCAAAACCCUAUAACACUGAUUAUACACCUGGACCUGGUGAUGGUCUUGCCUUCUUCCUUGCUAGUGUCGACACUGAAAUUCCUCCUGAAUCUUCUGGAAUGUUUCUCGGCCUCUUUAAUGAUGCAUCUGACAAAAUUGUUGCUGUUGAAUUUGAUACUUUUUCCAACUCUAAAAUUGGGGAUCCCAAUUAUUACCACAUCGGAGUUGAUAUUAACUCUAUCAGGUCAUCAAAAGUUUCUUAUUGGAAUUUUUAUGAUGCAGCGAUAACUACUGCAAAGAUAACAUAUAACUCUGCUCAUAAGAAGUUAACUGUCCAUGUCUCUACAUAUCUUCACACCCAACCCGACACUCUUACUUAUGAUGUCGAUUUGAGCACUAAGCUGCCUGAAAAGGUUAAGGUUGGACUAUCUGCUUCCACUGGUCAAUUCUCGCAGAAUACUGAGAUUCUGUCUUGGAUCUUCAAGUCUAACUGA